AUAUGCCUCAGUUUGUAUUAUUGUGGUUUUUGUUCAUACAUACAUUCAAUCAGUGUUUAUUUGGCUUUCGUCGGGCGUGUGUUGUUAAUUGUACGUUUCUAAAGAAUAUCUGAGUAGCGUUUAUAGCGUUCAUUAGUUAAGAUGUUACGUUCUAAUAAUUUGCAGAAAAUAAGGAAUACAUUCUUACCAGCCUUGCGGACAUAUAAGACUUCGGGUAUACCAGAAUUAACAGAGGUUCGACACAACAUCAAACGAGGCAACUAUGCCGAAUUGAAUGGCAAAGAUGUGUCCUUUUUCGAAUCCCUAAUUGGACCCACAAAUAUACUGCAAGACAGUACCGAUGAUUUGCAAGGAUAUAAUGUGGAUUUUUUGCGUAGUGUCCGAGGUCGCAGUCAAUUGGUGUUGAAACCUGGUUCCACCCAAGAAAUAUCAGAAAUUCUGAAAUACUGUAAUGAACGCCGUUUGGCGGUAUGUCCACAGGGUGGUAACACCGGUUUGGUGGGUGGCUCCGUGCCGGUUUGUGAUGAAAUUGUUCUUUCAUUGGCACGUUUAAAUAAAAUUCUCAGCAUUGAUGAUAUAACUGGCAUCACGGCCUGUGAAUCGGGUGUGAUUUUGGAGAAUUUGGAUGCCAAGACACGUGAGGCUGGGUUUGUUGUGCCAUUGGAUUUGGGCGCCAAAUCAAGUUGUCACAUUGGUGGUAAUAUCUCAACAAAUGCUGGCGGUUUGCGGGUGAUACGUUAUGGAAAUUUACAUGGCUCUGUGUUGGGUGUGGAGGCGGUUUUGGCCAAUGGAAAGGUAAUCGAUUUGAUGUCCGAUUUUAAAAAAGACAAUACAGGCUAUCAUUUGAAACAUUUGUUCAUUGGUUCCGAGGGCACCUUGGGUGUUGUUAAAUUGGCCAUUCUGUGUCCCGCCAUAUCUGAUUCAGUAAAUGUGGCAUUUUUGGCCCUUAACUCUUUUGAGGCUGUCAUGCAAACCUUGAAGAAUGCCAAACGUCAUCUGGGUGAGAUUUUAUCAUCAUGUGAAUUAAUUGAUGCCCCAUCAUUGGCAGCCAGCAUAGAAAAUAACAAUCUACAAUCUCCCAUUGAAGGCUACCCCUUCUAUAUGUUGAUCGAAACCUCGGGCAGCAAUGCCGAACAUGAUAUGGAAAAAUUAAACAAUUUCAUUCAAUUGGUUAUGGACAAGGGUGAUGUAGUGGAUGGCACCUAUACCUGUGAACCCAGUAAAAUGUUGGAAAUCUGGAAGCUAAGGGAAUUCAUUUCCACCGCAUUGACCAAGGAUGGUUAUUGUUUCAAAUAUGACAUAUCCCUACCGUUGCGUUCCUUCUAUGACAUCGUUAAAGUGGUGGAAAAACGUGCCGGCCACUUGGCUAAACGUGUAACUGGUUAUGGCCAUUUGGGUGAUUUGAAUCUCCAUCUUAAUGUCUCAUGUGAACAGUAUUCGCCGGAAUUGUAUAAAUUGCUGGAGCCUUUCAUCUAUGAAUAUACCGCCCAGCUGAAGGGUAGUGUUAGUGCUGAACAUGGUAUUGGAUUUUUAAAGACAAAAUAUUUGAAACACUCCAAGAGUCCGGAAGCCAUAAAUAUGAUGCGUGACAUGAAGCAGUUGUUGGAUCCAAAUGGUAUUUUGAAUCCAUACAAGGUUUUAUAUUAAAUAGAGUAGAGCUCAAUGAUUUGGACUGAAUGUUGUAGAAUAUGAAAUUAAUUAUUUGAUAUUAAAGAGAAAUUGUAAAUAUACGAAAAACAAAAA